ACAGGGCUCUGGGGUUUUUUUUUUUUUGCAAGAUAUUUUUGGUCGUAUGGAAAACAUUUACAAUGAACCUUUCCUUCAUUUUUAAAUUUGAAAUUAUUAUUACACACGCUUAAUUUUAAUUCAAGAACCAUCCGUCAAUCGUUCUGUGUUACUAUGGAAACAGUGAUCCACAAAUACGCUAACAAGACGAGCAAGCGAGCUCAUUCUUGGCUAAAGGAAACAAACCAAAGACUGGGAAGCUAGAGAUGGAGGAGCGCUUUGCCUUUCUGGCUGAGUGGUACGACCCCAGUGCUGCUCUCCUACGCCGCUAUCAGCUCCUGUAUUACCCUGAAGAUGGGUCUGUGGAGAUGUUUGAUGUAAAGAACCAGAGGACCUUUCUGAGAAGAAUCAAAUAUGAGGACCUCCAUCCAGAGGAUCUCUUCUUGGGGAACCGUGUUGUUAUCUUCUCUCGACAACUCAACCUCAUUGACUAUGGUGACCAAUACACUGCCAACAAACUGGGCAGCAAGAAAGAGAGGACAUUGGCUAUGAUUAAACCAGAUGCAGUGACCAAAGUAGGCAGCAUUAUUCAGAUGGUUUAUGAUGCCGGUCUUAUUGUCACCAAGGCCAAAAUGACGAAGCUGUCUGGGAAGCAGGCAGCGGACUUUUACAUGGAACAUCAGUCAAAGUCUUUUUUCAAUAACCUGGUGCAGUUUGUGAGCUCUGGGCCUAUAAUUGUCAUGGAGCUGAUGGGAGAUGAGGCUGUGUCUGUAUGGAGGAGGGUUCUGGGUCCUACUGACUCUGGUGUGGCACGCAAAGACACUCCAGCCAGCCUCCAUGCCCAGUUUGGAACGGAUGGCACCAAAAAUGCAGGGCAUGGGUCAGACUCAUUGGCAUCUGCGGCACGGGAGCUGGAGUUCUUUUUUCCUUCAACAACAAGUCACGGCCCUACCAACACAGCCAAAUAUCAAGACUCUACCUGUUGCAUCAUCAAACCACAUGCUGUUUCAGAUGCUCUGACCGGAAAGAUCCUCAGCUCAAUCACAGAAGCUGGAUUUGAGAUCACUGCAUUACAAAUGUUCAACAUGGAUCGAUUAAAUGCAGAGGAGUUUCUUGAAGUUUAUAAAGGCGUAGUCACAGAGUACACAAGUAUGGUGGCUGAGCUGUGUUCUGGACCGUGCAUGGCCCUUGAGAUUCACAGUACAGAUGCACCCAGAAAGUUCAGAGAAUUCUGUGGUCCAGCCGACCCGGAAAUUGCUCGUCAUUUGCGGCCCACGACUUUACGAGCUCUUUACGGCAAGAACAAAGUGCAGAACGCUGUCCACUGUACCGAUCUUCCAGAGGACGGGUUACUGGAAGUCCAAUAUUUUUUCAAGAUCCUAGAUGGCUGACUGUAGAUAAAUUACACAAAUAAUUUGUGUACUGUUUCCCUUUUUUUUUAAUAAAAAAAAAAAAAAGACAA